AUGCGUAUUCAAUACUUGGCCCUCUUGGCAGCUGCUGCACUAGAUGCACGUGCCCAUGGACUUCAAGUCGUGUCCGACUCGGCUUUGCCACUGCAGCGCAACUUCGAGGACAGGCAGCAGCCCAAUAUCGAAGGCAAGACCGAACGAUUCCUGACCGGCGAAGACAAGGAGCUACCGCUUCUAGACACCUCAACUGGAUAUGCAUCACGGUCGCUGCAGGAAGGUGACAACGGCAGGCACUUGCGCGACUGCGACAGCUACCUCGACUUUAUCGAUGAAGAGAGAAAGGCGAGGAGCAAGAUGUCAAGGUUCAAGAGGAAGGGAAAGAAAAAGAGUAAGUCGCUUUACGGCUUUUAUAAAAGAUCGCACAAGAACCACGACGAAGAGGAGAUCAACAGCUCCGACCAGACGGAAGCACCGACGGCCGGGUCAUCGAACGAUCUUACUGAGUCCACAAUUGAAGGGUAG